AUGGAUACUUGGUGGCCAUUACAGGCCUUCCUCUGCUUAGCCACAGUAGCCUUCAUCAUCACCAAAAUCCUCCCCAACCCAUGCCGCGGGCCGAAAUCCAAACUUCCCCCCGGCCCAAAGCCAUGGCCUGUGAUCGGCAACCUCCACCUGAUCAGCCACAUCCCCCACCAUUCCCUCCACUCCUUAUCCCGAAAAUACGGAGAAAUAAUGCUUCUAAAAUUCGGUACAUUUCCCGUGAUUGUCGCCUCAUCUCCUGAGAUGGCCAAACAGUUCCUGAAGACGCACGAUGCAGUUUUCGCCUCCCGACCUCCACUCUCAACCGACAAGUACUUAUCCUUCAACUACUCAGACAUGUCCUUCGCCCCAUACGGCCCGAGCUGGCGACAGGCUCGUAAAAUCUACAUGUCGGAGAUUUUCAACGCCAAGAGUCUCGAAUCGACCGAGAAGAUCCGGGGUGAGGAGAGCAGUAAUCUCAUUUCCCGACUAUUUUCCCUGUCGGGAAAGCCCGUCGUGCUCAGGGACCACUUAAUGCGCUACACCCUCUUGACCGUAUGCCGCAUGGUCAUCAGCGAUUUUAACGAGCCAUCUAAUGAAAAGGGUGUGGAAGAAUUGGAUGAGCUGCAAAGCUUGCUUGACGAGUGGUUUUUCCUUAGCGGGGUAUUUAAUAUUGGCGAUUGGGUGCCGUGGCUCGAUUUUCUUGAUCUUCAGGGGUAUGUGAAGAGGAUGAAGGUUGUGAAUAGGAAGCUCAACCGGUUUCUUAGCUAUGUGAUUGAUAGUCGUAAGGCUAAAAAAAGGAGUGAUGAGAGACCGGUGAAAGACGUGGUGGAUGUGUUAUUGCAGCUUUCGGAGGAUCCAAAUCUUGAUGUUAAGAUGACAAGUGAUCGUGUCAAGGCAUUAGUACAG